AGCACUUUGUGGGCACACAUUUCAAAGUGUCUUACAAAAUGGAUGAGAUUGUUAAGGAAGUCAAGGAAGUCGAGAAACAGUGGGAUGAAACAAGUUUUCAGUGUCAAGGAUAUAUAAAGGCAAUAGAAGAGUAUGGAAAAUCACGAGAUAUGAGUGGAGAGAAAAACUCUCUUCCAAGAUUGAAUGGUUUGGCACAGGAUGGGUUGGUUGUGUUUAAUUCGUUGCAGCUUAAGCUUGAUACAUUGGCUCCGCAACUUUCAACAUAUGAUGAGGCUCAGAGUGCACAGGCUCUUGUUGAAAACUGGAAGCAUCAAUGUCAAAGCUUGCGAGCUGCUUUGAGGAAUGCUAAUCUGCAAGCAAAGAUAAACAUCCGGAAAACCGCUCAGAAAGAGUGUUGCACUGGUCGUAUACACCUUCAACUGAUUAUGUUCCAAGUGCCUGACCGCAGACCUGAUCUACUCCAAAGUGAACCCUAG